ACAAGUAGAUAUGUGAAUAGAAUUAUUCAUGCAAAAAUUGGUGGCAAAGUAUCAUUCUUCGUGCUGGAGUGUUUUCACAUGUCCCUGAAAAUGUAAAAUAGAGAUACUUCAGCAUGCCUCAUGACCCUCACGUCUUACCUGUUAUGUGGACUCUGGAGUUUGCUCAAGUCGCAGAGUUUGUUUCUUCUUGUUCUUUGAAGGAAUGAAAACCCUGGUUUCAGAGCGUUUCUUAGUUAAGCUUUUCGUCCUUUCACAGCGGAAAUCACCAAAACUUUAUCAUUUUUCGACCACUGUAUCAGCGAGUCAAUCUCGAGGUGGUCUGCCUCGUUUCUUCUCUGAUGCUCUUCCCUCUUCCAAGGGAAAUGUUGUUCGAGUGCAGGGUGAUGAGUUUUGGCAUAUGACAAAAGUUCUACGUUUGAAUGUGAAUGAUAGGAUAGAGCUGUUCAAUGGGAAAGGGGCCAUAAUUGGUGGUUGUAUUCAGAGAAUUGAUCGCACAGGCAUGGAUUUCUUAGCUUUGGAAGAUCUCAAGAUGGUUGUUCCGGAAGUUACUCGGUGGCAUGUAGUUGCAGGCUUUGGUACUUUGAAAGGUGGUCGGGCCGAUUGGCUUAUUGAAAAAUGCACGGAGCUGGGAGCUAGUAGCGUAACCCCACUGCUAACUGAGAGAUCCCCUUCAAUUAGUGAAAAUCGGCUGGACAGAUGGCAUCGUGUCAUGAGAUCAGCAAUUAAGCAAUGUCAGAGGUUGCAUGAGAUGAAACUUAAUCCUCCAAUGAGAAUUAAAGACCUUGUGCCUCUAGUAGCUCGAUCCAGUCCAUGCUUUUUGGCUGUAGCAGAAGCAACUCCACUUGUUAAUGUGUUGUCUCAAUCAAGGCACAGCUUAAGUGGGCUUGCUAUUAUUGGUCCUGAAGGAGAUUUCACUGAUAAAGAGGGGACACUGCUCAUUGAAGCUAGGGCUACCCCAGUUGGACUUGGACCAUGUCGUCUUCGUGUUGAGACCGCAACCAUGGCCCUACUAGCCACUCUCAUGCUCUGGUCUGAUUCCCAACUCCCCAACUCUCAAGAGGCCAACUUCUACAAAUCAUGCUUGAAGUAAUGGUUUUUGGAAUUCAGAUAGCAUAGCGUGUAUCUAUACUUGAAUUUUGAUGCGGCAAUGGUAGAAAAAGUUUUAAAGGUCACAUUGGUUUCAAGUGCCACAAAAUUUGACCAUUGGGCACUUGGAGAUUGGUUUUUUAAGUGCUAGGUCCCAAACAAGAACAGCAUUUUUACCUGAACUUUCGAACUUUUGGAAAAACAUUGUUAUGGCCUACCCAGUUAAAUAUCACUAAAAGUUGGUGGAAAUUAGGUACUUCAAAAAUUGCUGUCAUAUUUGCUCUGAACAUUGAUUUGCCAGAGUUUGUGCGAUAAAUCCGUUUGAAAAUCUUGGACCUCUCUAGCUUGAACAGCCGCCAAGUUUGGUAGCAUGGGCUAGCCACUUUCACAAUGUUUUGGGGCUGACCUUUUCCAAUCCAGAAAAAAUAACUCGCUGUUUUGAUCCCUUUAUGAUGGUUAAUAGUAACGUACUCAAUUUCUGUUA